AUGUCGGGCCGGAAGCGCAAGCCCGACGACGUCAAGGCGCAGCCGUCGAUCUCGGGCUUCUUCUCCCCGCGGUCGUCGCUUGAUGGGUCGCAGCCGAUGAUGGACGCGUUCUUCUCGCCUUCGUCCCGCGCCAAGCGCGCGUCCUUGGCCUCGGUGGACCUCUCUACGCCGCCGCCACGUCCACCACCGGCCACGCGCAUCGACGCCAGUGGUGUCAUUAGCAUCGAGGAAGACGACGAUGACGAUAAGGACGCGGUCAGCAUUGUGACGCCCCAGCGGCUGCGCCUCGACAAUGACCAAAAGCCCUUUACGCCAUCGUCGACGGUCAAGUCGCGCAUGAACAACUCGCUCGUCUUUGACCUCAACACAUCGCUCAAGACGAGCAACCCGGAGAUCGCGCAUGCAGCGCUGCGCUCGCUCGUCGCGCUCGGGAAGGAGUACCCGACGGCCAUGACGUUCUCGCAGUGCCUCGAGGUCAUAGAGGACUCGAAGCCGUCGUACGACCGCGCAGUCGACAUCUGCGCGUCCUUGACUUUUGUCUUUGACCAAGCGUCGCUCUGCAAUACGUCGCUCGAGUACCCGGACCGCUGGGAGAUCAUGGCGUCGCUCCUCGAGACAGCCGCGACCAAGACGAUGAACGCUGUCUGGGAUCGGACGCUCAUUGUGCUGCAGUUCUUUGUCUACAUCUUGCGCCGGGACAUGCUCAUCUGCGAGUCGCGCUAUGCGGCGACGAACCGCCGCUGGCUGCAGCACGCGCGCAUCUACGCGCUCUUGAACGCCUCCAAGGCGCCCAAGGCGAAAGGCGCGCGCGUCGCCAACCACGGCAUUCUCCAAGCCAUCGACAUGAUCCUCCAGCUCUGGAAGCGCGUCUAUGACUCUGGCACAUGCAAGCCGGACGACGACGACGCCAAGGAGACGUGCGUCGCGACGUUGCGGCUUCUCGAGAUGCUCCUGAGCGUCACCGACCAGAUUGAAAAUUGUCUCCAGCGCGUUCUGAGCGGCGUCGCCGACUUGUCGCGGUCGACGCGCCACACCUUUCUCCAGACGCUGCAAGCCCCGUCACUCAAAACGUUUCUUGCCACGUCCCACCUCGGCCGCAUCAAGUCGACGCGCAGCAAGGAGCACGAGUGGUUCCUUGCCAUCGUCGAAGGCCAAGUCAUCGCCAAGUACGAGUCCCAGGCCGGCGCGACGGCGGCCACCAACGACAGCCACAUCAAAGAGCUCCAACACUACGCUGCAUUGCACGCCGAGGCGUUCUUAAGCGGCGGCGGCACCGAGAGCCCAGUCGCGACGCUCUUUCGCGCCGUGCUGCACAAGUAG